AUGACGGCACGGCGAACGCCGUUGACAAGGUCGUCGCUGCUGCGGAACACAGCCGAAGCGUGUCCACUGAUCGAACGCCUCGGGCUCGUCGAAGACCCGGACAAGUUCCCUGCCGCCGCACCUUCCAAGUGCUUCAGUGGCUCCUACCAAGGGGCAGCGAUCAACGUGGUCACAAACGGGAAAUGCUCCCGGUUUGGCGUGGACCAGAUCGGAACCGUGGCGGCAGGACUGUCAACUUGGCUGUCGGUUGAGGCGAUCAAGCCGGAUAUCGUGAUAAACGCCGGUACCGCAGGCGGAUUCAAGAAGCACGACACCGCCAUCGGCGAUGUUUUCAUCAGCACCAGCGUGAAGAACCAUGACCGAAGAAUCCCAAUCCCGGGUUUCAAGGAGUUUGGCAUUGGCAACCACGAGUCCCACCCUGCGCCGGAGAUGCUGAAGGAGUUGGGGUUCAAGCAAGGGGUGGUUACCACCGGUAGCUCAUUCGACCACACGGAGACGGACGACAAGAUGAUGGAAGAAAACGAUGCAAGGGUGAAGGACAUGGAGGCGGCGGCCGUGGCCUGGGCUUGCGAACAGCACGGGACCCCUCUCUUUUGCAUCAAGGUGGUCACGGACCUCGUAGAUGGUGGAGGGGUAGGAGAGGAGGAGUUCUUGCAGAACCUGAAGGCCGCGUCAGACUCGCUGCAGGAAGCGAUGCCGAGAGUGCUCGACUUCGUCCUAGCGCGUCGGCUGGAUGACUUGUAGCCUACUUGUUUGUGGGUACAAGGAAGACCGUCGACCCGACCGCCUAGGGAUAUUUUUAAUAAUGUCCAUCUGUGCUCGUUGAUGGCACGCUGUGGCCGCGAGGGGGUUCUCCUGCGACAAGGCCCUAGAGGCUUAUCCGACUUGCCUUGUUAAGAGAGUGGAAGAUUCGUUCAUUUGUGAUGCGAUAGGUGAGGUAUUAUCCCCUAGAUGUAUUGCGGUGGCGGAUGUGCUGGUUUUCGCCCCCGAGGUCCGAUAGAAAU